ACCAAACUAAAGUCAGAGAGAGAUGAAUGGAGGAAGCUGGACUCCACAACCGUGGCUAAAACGUUCCUCGGCCUGGUGCUGAAAGGCCAGCAGCUGAGAGGCUCGGCCUGUUCUGCUGUGCUGCACUUUGUAGACAGACAGGGGGUGUGUGUAGGUGGCGGUGUGAAAUGUCUGGAUCUCAAAGGUGAGCGAUUAGACCAGCGCUCCUGUGAAGCUCUGGAAGCCGUUCUGAAAUCGCUGCACUUUGAUUUCAUCAAUCUGCAGGCAGCCCAACUGGAAGAAAAUGGAGCAGCGUCCUUGCUGGAUAUGAUGUUGUACUAUGAAUCUACAACCCAUCUUGACAUUUCUGACAACAGCAGUAUGGGAACAUUGUGUUGGAGGGCCCUCGCUCAUUUGAUAAAGCAGAGUGUGCGUCUCUCCAGGCUGGAUGUGUGUAAUGUGGCUGUGGUUGACUACCCGGCUCAGUCUCUCUCUAAAGCCCUGCUGACCAGCCGGCUCACAGAGCUGCACCUCCACAACGCCCAGCUCAGCGGGGUUCCACUGUACACACUGGUGAGUGCUCUGAAGUGGAACAGGGCUCUGCAGCAGCUCCACCUCACCAACAACCUGCUGAACAGCUACCAGGAUGCGCUGCACCUGGGGGACCUGCUGCGCUACAACACCACCCUGCACACCCUGGAGCUCAGCAGCAACGCUGUGGCAGACGACGGUUUGGAGGAGCUGUGUGAUGGUCUGAGGUGGCAGACAGCAGGUGUGAGGGUUCUCCUGCUGAGGAACAACCAGAUCACUGCAAGAGGCAUGCUCCAUCUGGCCAAGGCUCUGCCGCUGCUGAGGGUCCUGCAGGUCCUGGAUCUGGGGGAGAACCUCCUGGGGAACGAGGGCAUGCAGGUGAUCAGGGAGCCUCUGAUGAACUGCUCGCUGCUGCAGCUCGGCCUGGCUCAGGCCAGCAUCACAUGUGAAGGGGCUGUGGCGCUGGCAGAGUUCCUGGCAGAGAGCCGUCAGAUCCAGAGGCUGGACCUCCGUCAUAAUGAGCUGAAGGUUGGAGGCCUGAUGGCCCUGUGUCUGGCCCUGAGGAUUAACAGCUCUCUUGAGGGCCUGGAUUUGGACCCCCCCCCCACACAGGAGCAGGAUGAGUUUCUGCUGGAGACUCAGACCAGGCUUCAGUCAGAGAUCACCCAGCGCUGCCUCGUCAACGCCAGCCGCCCCCCCCCUCACCACCUCUGAUGCUCCACCAGCUGAGGCCGCAGGACCAGAAGACAGCACAACCACAGUCUGAGCUCACACAUACAC